UUUCUCAACGAAUUUAUUUUAGUCAUCAAAGUUUACGCUAGGUGGUUCCUAGACGAAAGCUUUCAAAAGUCAUUCUUAAUAAAAUGGCGUCGUUAUCGAGCCUGUUACCUGCCCCUACACAGCAAGUGUGGGAUCGUGAUGAUGAGAGAAAAGCUAAGCGUGUUGGCAGUGCCUUGGUAGUAUCACAAACAAGUGUUCCUCCAUAUGGACAGAGGAAAGGAUGGGUUCCCAGAGCAGAAGAGGACUUUGGAGAUGGAGGAGCCUUCCCAGAGAUCCAUGUCGCCCAGUACCCGCUGGGUAUGGGUGCCCGGGGCAAGGAGAGCACUUCCAAUGCAUUAGCAGUCCAGUUAGAUGAGUCUGGCCGAGUUAAAUACUCAGCCAUUGCCAGACAAGGCCAUAGUGCUGAUAAGAUAAUAUACUCAAAAUUAACAGACUUGUUGCCUUCGGAAGUACUAGCGGAAGAUGACCCUACACUCCAGAAACCUGAUGAUGAAGACAUACAGGAUCUUACAGAGAAGACCAAGCAAGCUUUAGAAAAACUGACCAAUGCUAAGAUAUCUGCGGCUAUGCCCGUUAAAGCUGCUCCUAAAGCUGCCCCAGCACAAUACAUCAGAUACACACCGGCGCAGCAAGGGGGACAGUUCAAUUCCGGUGCCAAGCAGAGAGUUAUCAGAAUGGUAGAAGCCCAGUCCGACCCCAUGGAGCCGCCUCGCUUCCAAAUAAACAAGAAGAUCCCUCGGGCGGCGCCAUCCCCCCCGGCGCCCGUGCUGCACUCCCCCCCGCGCCGUGUGUCCGUCAAACAACAGAGAGACUGGAAAGUACCACCUUGUGUCUCACACUGGAAGAACGCUAAAGGUUACACAAUACCCCUGGACAAGCGUCUAGCAGCAGACGGAAGAGGAUUACAACAAGUACACAUUAACGAAAACUUCUCAAAAUUAGCUGAAGCACUUUACAUCGCUGACAGAAAGGCGCGAGAGGCCGUGGAGGCACGUGCGCAGCUAGAGAGGAGAUUAGCGCAGAGGGAGAAGGAGAAGAAAGAAGAUCAUCUUAGAAUGCUGGCUCAGAGGGCUAGGGAUCAUAGAGCUGGUAUCCGAGCUCCUGACGAGGAUCCGGAGAGUAAUGAAGUGGACGAGAGCGGACUGACGGCUGCCGAGCGAGACAAACUCAGAGCUGAUAGACACAAGGAGCGGCAGAGGGACAGAAACCUGGCGAGGGCGGCACCUGAUAAGAGAUCGAAACUAGUAAAGGACCGUGAACGUGAUAUUUCUGAACAGAUCGCUCUCGGUCUGCCCGCUAAGACGAACCAAGGCGGCGAGGCUAUGUUCGACCAGAGACUGUUCAAUAAUAGCAAAGGAAUGGACAGUGGUUACGGAGACGACGAAGCAUACAACGUAUAUGACAAGCCGUGGCGCAACCAGGACAACGUCGGCGCUCACAUCUACCGACCGUCCAGGAACGCUGACAAGGACAACUACGGAGGAGACAUUGAUGCUAUUGUUAAUACGCGCAGAUUUGUCGCAGACAAAGAGUUUGCUGGUACUAGUAGUAGUAACACCCGCGCUGGGCCUGUACAGUUCGAGAAGGACGCACCCUCUAGUAGAGACGAACCUUCACAGUCGCGCAGUAACCAGCCAGACGCGGACUUCGAUCCGUUCGGUCUGGAUCGGUUCUUGAGUGAAGCCAAGCGAGCAGACAAGUCGGGGCGCAAGCGAGACCAUCACGACCGACACGAUCAACACGGGAAGAAGAGGAGGGAUUAAUUGACCACGGCUGCCAACAUUAAAUGCUGAAAGGUACAUUCGUGAGUACUUAGAACCUCACGUGAUACCAUACGCGGAGUAUGUGGGCCGGGUGGGCCCAAAUUUCCUUUUUAUGCAUGAUAAUGCAAGAGCCCAUGCGGCCGGCUUCGUCAUGGAAUAUCUUCGGGAUGUGGACAUCACAGUUAUGGACUGGCCAGCCAGAAGCCCAGACACGAACCCAAAUGAACACAUGUGGGACGAGCUAAAAAGACGUGUUAUGCAGGCGAUGCAGGAUUUGAAAACUGCCAUAGAAGAGGAAUGGGGAUUAUCCCUCAAAAUUUCAUAGAGCGGUUGAUAAACUCUAUGCCUAAUCGUAUGAGAGCUGUGGUAGAUACCCAUGGAGGGAACACGCGUUAUUAAAUUAAACCUUUAUUUGAUUUAACAUGAUUUUCAUUCAAAAAUCAAUUGCCUUUAACAAUGUGCAUAUCCGAUUUGUUAGGCGUAGCUCCAUGUCGUAUGGUAUUCUGAAUUCAAAUUUAAAACAAUACUGUCGAAACAGAUGGUAAAAUGUAUAAGGUUGAAAACUGCAUCAACAGUUUUUGUUCAAUCUAGCAAUCAUAUUUCGGUAGGGGCCAUCGAAACCUAAACUCUAAGGUGCCUAGAGAUGGGAUUUUACCCGGAAAAAACCCGAAUAU